AUGAAGAAGCUGAGAAGCUAUUACUCGAAUGUGAGGCAUCACCAGAAACAUCAUCAUCCAGAGAGGACGAGAUGGUGGUGGCUUCUCCUCCCUUCACUCUUCUUCUUACUCUUCCUCACAACCGGGCCCCGUUUCCUCCCUUUCACCCGACCCGUUCUGCUAACCGGAUCUGAACCGCCGUCCUUCGUCGAGUCCAAGAUCAAACCCAAACCCGUCUCCUCCCUCCCUGCCCCGCCGCGAUUCGCGUACUUGAUCUCCGGAUCCGCCGGCGACGGGAAGUCUCUCCGGCGAACUCUUCUGGCUCUUUACCAUCCGAGUAACCGCUACGUUGUUCAUCUGGACAGAGCUUCGUCGGAGGAGGAGAGGGAGGAGCUCAAUGGAUACAUUCGAAGCUCCUCCCUGUUCCGGAGGUUUCGGAAUGUUGAUAUGAUCGAGAAAGCUAAUCUCGUCACGUAUCGUGGGCCGACGAUGGUGGCUAAUACGCUUCACGCGGCGGCGAUUUUGCUCAGGGAAGGAGCUGAGUGGGACUGGUUCAUCAAUCUCAGCUCCUCGGAUUAUCCUCUAAUGAGUCAAGAUGAUUUGUUGCAUGUAUUCUCGCAUUUGCCGCGGGAUUUGAACUUCAUUGAUCAUACUAGUAACAUUGGGUGGAAAGCAUCGCAGAGAGCUAAGCCUGUGAUUAUAGAUCCUGGGCUCUAUUUGAACAAGAAGUCUGAUGUGUUUUGGGUUAAGCAAAGACGAAGCAUCCCAACUGCAUUCAAGCUCUUCACAGGUUCUGCUUGGAUGGCGUUGUCUCGGCCAUUCAUAGACUAUUGUAUUUGGGGUUGGGAUAAUCUACCUCGUACCGUCUUGAUGUACUACUCCAAUUUCCUCUCUUCUCCCGAAGGAUAUUUCCACACAGUUCUCUGCAACGCCGAGGAAUUCAAAAACACAACAGUAAACAGCGACCUGCACUUCAUAGCGUGGGACAAUCCGCCUAAGCAGCAUCCACACCAUCUCACUCUUGCAGACAUGGACAGAAUGGUCAAUAGCAAUGCCCCCUUUGCUAGAAAGUUCAGAAGAGAAGAUCCUGUUCUUGACACUAUUGAUGAGGAGCUUCUCAACAGAGGUCCUGGAAUGCCUACACCUGGUGGUUGGUGCAUCGGAAGCCAUGAAAAUGGGACUGACCCUUGUGCUGUUAUUGGUGAUACCGAUGUUAUAAGGCCUGGUCUAGGCGCUCGACGGCUGGAGACUCUUGUUACUUCCCUGUUAUCUCCUGAAAAUUUUCGACCAAAGCAAUGCAAGUAAAUCUUAUAGUGAACCACGUUGCAGAACAUCAAAGAGAUCGGAUCUAGCAGCCUUCAUUGUUGGGAUUGGAUGUGAUUCAGGAUCUAAUUGUAUCUCACUAAUAGUCAAGAGUAUAAGUGAAGAAACUGAACAGUUUAGGCUUUGGCUCUUGGAAGCAUACGUGCCAUCACAGCCAGUAAGCCACAGGUUAAUGUAUUGUUGUAGUACUCUGUCUUUUAAGUUAGUUACUCUCUUUCAACUUCUAAAUUCACCAAAUAGGAACUUUUUUAUUCUUAA